AGAACAGCACACAUCCUAUAAACACCGGCUCCGCGCAUUUGUGGAUGAUUCCUUUGAUUAUUUUCUGAGUUGCGGGCGAAAACAAAUAAAGGCGCGGUGGCGCCUCAAGACCUCGGCCGCCACCAAAGGGAAAAAUGAGCGACCUUGAUAGGGCGAUCGCACAACUUCGCGCAUGUCGACCAAUACCGGAGCCUCAAGUUCGGGAGUUAUGUUACAAGGCGCGGGAGCUGCUGAUUGAGGAGGGCAACGUCGUAGGUGUUGAUGCUCCCGUUACGGUUCGUAUUCACACAAUCCCGGCUUUGCGACUUGCACUGAUGAAUGGGUUACAGAUAUGUGGCGAUAUCCAUGGCCAGUUUCAUGAUCUUAUGGAGUUGUUCCGGGUUGGUGGUGAUGUGCCCGAGACCAACUACUUGUUUAUGGGCGAUUUUGUCGACAGAGGCUUCUACUCCCUAGAGUCAUUUCUUCUGCUUCUCUGCCUCAAAGUACGAUACCCUGACCGAAUCACCUUAAUUCGAGGAAACCACGAGUCGAGACAGAUUACAACAGUCUAUGGCUUUUACGACGAAUGUCUGCGCAAGUAUGGUAGCGCAAACGUUUGGAGAUACUGCUGUGAGGUUUUUGAUUAUCUGGCGCUUGGCGCCCUUGUGAUGGGCGCUUCAAACACACUUGGAACGUCGACGUCUACCAGCACGAACGAGUCUGGAACACAAUUGACCGAAGAGGAAGAGAUUGAAAUAGAGAUCCUCAACUCCGCCGGUGAUGUUAUGAGCCGUAUCCCGCGGAGUAUGGCCGCUUCUUCGGACAACCAUGAGACUGUCAAUAGUUCCCCACUGAGCGAAACGAGCAGGGGUGCUCCUGCAAGAUCCGGUCCUGUAGGGACUGGCGCCACAAGCGACAGUCUUGGAUCAGUGGGAAAUCCAGGUGGAGCUGUUCUCUGUGUUCACGGUGGCCUCAGUCCAUUGGUAGAAACGGUUGACAAGAUUCGCUUGCUAGAUCGAAAACAGGAGGUGCCGCAUGAAGGUCCAAUGUGUGACCUUCUCUGGAGUGACCCGGACGAAAUCGAAGGAUGGGGUCUCUCCCCUCGUGGCGCUGGCUUCCUGUUCGGUGCAGACAUCGUCAAACUCUUUAACCAUCGAAACAACCUAUCUCUCAUUGCACGCGCUCAUCAGCUCGUUAUGGAAGGAUUCAAGGAAAUGUUUGACGCGUCAAUUGUCACCGUUUGGUCUGCGCCCAAUUAUUGCUACAGAUGCGGCAAUGUCGCCGCAAUUUUAGAGUUGACCGAGGAUGGUUCAAACGGCGGCUACAUUCCAAGAGCCAACGGCGACGUUAACCGCACUGGCGAUUUACUUGGCCCAGUGGCCGCAGGCGGACAGAUAUCUGGUCCUGGAAGGCGAUACAGGGUCUUUGAGGCUGCACCGCAGGAUUCGAGAGGCAUGCCAGCGAAGAAGCCCGUCGCUGACUAUUUCUUGUAAUUUGUAUCACAUUUCGGAGUUCCGGUUUGCAAAUAGGGAUGGCUAGCUGUGACGCCUACGAAACGGUUCUUUGUUUCCAUUUUCUUUG